ACAGGGCAAGCGGUGCACCUGGAAGCUCACGAGCGAACUGAAGAAUGGAGCAAAUGGCGACAGAAAAUGGAGUGGCAGCCAUGGCUGCCUGCUACCAGCGCUUUGACCCGGCAGCGUAUCUGCAGUACAACUACACGCCGCCACGGGCCGACUUUGACCGCAAGGACAGUAUCGUUCCAUGGAAACUGGCGUGCCUGCAUAGAGCCUUCACCGAAGGCGACGUGAGCGGCGAGCUGCUGGUGGACAUCGGCUCUGGACCCACGCUCUACCAAGUGCUGAGCGGCUGCGAGGUGUUCGACAAGGUGCUCCUCACCGACUUCCUGGAGGCCAACCGCAAGGAGCUGAGGCGCUGGGUGCAAGGCCAGGAGGGCUGCGGCCUGGACUGGACGCCGUACCUGCAGCACGUCUGCGAGCUGGAGGGGCGACGGGCCUCGGCAUGGACAGAGAAGGCGGCCAAGCUCCGCCGGGCGAUCACCGACGUCCUCCCCGUCGACGUGCACCGACCCCAGCCUCUGGACCCUCGCGCCCUGCCCCCCGCGGGGGCCGACUGCCUGGUGUCCUGCUUCUGCCUGGAGAGCGUCAGCCCCGACCUGGCCGCCUUCACCAGGGCCCUGGGCCACAUCCGGAAGCUGCUCCGGCCCGGCGGCCACCUCCUGCUGAUCGGCGCCCUCGGGGAGAGCUUCUACUUCGGGGGGCCCGGGGUGAAGAUCCCCGUGGUGCCGCUAGGCGAGGCGGAGGUGUGCGCCAGUCUGAAGGAGAGCGCCUACACCCUGAUCCGGCUGGAGGUCUACACGCUGCCCCAGGACAUGAGAGUGGGCGUGGAUGAUGUGACUGGGGUGUUCUUCGCAAAGGCGAGGAAGGAUUAAGGCACAACUUCCCCCAAAUGUGCUAUUUUACUUCAUUCUGUGUGCCUUUGCUGAAUUCAUUUAUAUUUUCCGAUGGACAAAACCAUGAGACCCCCUUUCUGUUAUAUGGUCACACAUCGCCCCCUGCUGUCUGAAAACAGCCACUACAGAAAGGCCAAUCUUUUAAAUCAGAAUCUUCUUUAUUUAAUGAUUAUGUAUUUCAUUUAUUCCAGAAAUAUAAAUAUGACUAUAAAGAUAUGUAUAAAUAUAUAAAGUAUAUCAAUGGUAAAACAUUAUAAUUUAAUGUAUUUAAAAAUUGACAUAUAUAAACAGAUAUCCAUAUAUGAAAAAUAUAAACUAUAAAACAAAACUAUAAUUCAAUGAAUUUCAAAACUGAGGUGUGGGAAUUAUAACCAAAGAGUCAUCAAAAUUGGAUGAAUGAAAGUGUAUUGAAAAUUUGACGAUAAGUUUUACGUAU